UUACGCAAUUAUUGUCUCUCUCUCUCUCUCCCUCUAUCCGUCUCUUUUUCAAUAAUUGAAGGAAGAAACUGCUGUUAUGCUUGAGCACUGCAAGCGAAGUUUCUAUACAAUGCCAUAUUCACAAUAGAGUGGUUUAUAGCACCAGAUAACGCAUGCCUUUACUCUUGACCCAUAAACACAAUUCUAUUUCCUUGAUCCUUCGAAAUAACUCUCUUUCUUCCUUCCAAUCACCAUGGAGUUUGCCUCUGGCAUUGCUGAGACAGUCUUGGUUAGGCUAGCCUCCUAUGCUGCCCAAGAAGUUUGCUUGGCUUCGGGUGCCCAACUUGAGCUUAAGAAGCUCAAUAAGACCUUGUCAGCCAUCAAACUUGUACUCCAAGAUGCAGAGAGGAAGCAAAUGCAGAACCCCCUCAUCACUCAUUGGCUAGGAAACCUCAAAGAUGUUUGCAACGAUGCUGAGGAUGUACUCGACGAAUUUGAGUUCCGAAAGCUCCGACUCGAAGUGCUCACCAACGACCACCGGAGUGUCAAAGCAAAGGUACACCAAUUCUUCUCCCGUUGGAAUCCAGUCGUGUUUAACUUUAAAAUGGGUCAUAAAAUCAAAGAGAUUAGAGAAAGACUAGAUGAGAUUGAUGCUGAAAAGACAAAGCUUUCUCUCAUUCAAGUUGUUGAACUAGUUGAUGAUUGUGGUGAGCCCCAAAGGGCACAUGUUAAUAAAAGGGAGACAGACUCUUUACUGGAAGGUCAUGUUGUUGGAAGAGAUGAUGAUAAGGAAAAAAUUAUCCUUCGCUUUGAUGACACCCUUUCCUCCAGUGUCGAUGAUGUUUCAGUCAUUUCCAUCUUUGGGUUAGCAGGGUUGGGAAAAACCACACUCGCUAAAUCAGUGUAUAAUGAUACUGCGGUGGAGAAGAAAUUUGAUAUUAGAAUGUGGGUAUGCGUCUCAGAAAACUUUGAUAUCCAUACAUUAGUUCGUGGCAUUAUUGCUGCAACUAAACAAGAAUGUGCUGUUGAAAGUUUAGAUCUUAUGAAAAAGGGGUUGCAGGGUAUUUUGAAAGAUAAAAAGUUUUUGUUAGUGUUGGACGAUGUAUGGGAUAAAGAGUCGGUGGGAGUUACACAUCAAAAAUGGAGUGAGUUAAAAACUGUGUUACAUGUUGGAGCCAAAGGGAGUAAAAUCAUCGUAACAACACGUAAUGAAUCAGUAGCUUCACUUGUGCACCCUAUACAUAAGCAUCAGUUAGAAGGUCUUUCUCAGGAGGAUUCCAUGACUUUAUUUAAAAACAAUGCAUUUAACAAAGGAGAGGAGUCACACUAUCAACACUUGAUAAAAAUUGGAGAAGACAUUGUGAAGAAGUGUGGAGGGGUUCCCUUAGCACUAGCUACUCUAGGGAGUUUACUUCACUCGGAAAAGGAGCAACGUCGGUGGUUACAUGUAAGAGAUAAUGAAAUAUGGAGUUUGCUCGAAAAUGACAAUAUUAUGGCUGCACUAAAAUUGAGUUACAAUGCACUGCCAUCUCACUUGAAACCCUGUUUUGCCUUUUGUUCACUUUACCCCAAGGAUUAUGAAUUUGUAAGUCUUGAAAUUGUCCAAUUAUGGAUGGCACAAGGCUUCCUCAAGUCCUCAAGAGAAAAUGAAGAUUUUGACGAGAUGGGCCUGGACUACGUUAGGCAGUUUUGUUCCAAGUCUUUGUUUCAACUUGAAUUUGAUUUUAAGACAAGUGUGCAGUUCAAAAUCCAUGAUUUAGUGCAUGACUUGGCAAUAUCAGUGGCACGGGUAGAUUGCUCCACAAUUAAUUUCCGUCCCUCUAGUGCUUUUGAAAAAGUCCGACACGUGUCAAUAUCGGAAAAAGACUUGUCUGGGGAUGUGGCAGGAGUCCCGGCAUUCAUUCUCCAGUCGGAGAAACUGCGGACCAUUCUAAAUGUAGAUAGUGAAGCUGGGAUCUCCAAUCAAUAUUUUCUAAAGACAUGCAUCUUGAGAUUCAAGUAUCUGCGUGCGCUAGAUGUGCGUCGUUCUACUCUUGAGGAGCUACCAUGUUCCAUUGGUAACUUGAUUCAUUUAAGAUAUCUCAACCUGGAUUUUAAUGAGAAGAUAAAACAGCUUCCCAGUUCCAUUUGCAAGCUCUUGAAUUUGCAGUUCUUAAGCCUUGCUGGUUGUGAGGCACUUGAGGAGUUACCCAAAGGCAUAGGGAACCUGAUCAAUCUCAGAUAUUUGAAUAUAACUACACAGCAGAUGUAUUUUCCGAAAGGAGUAUUUAGACGCCUCACCUUACUUCAAUCCUUGAUCAUUGAGAAUUGUGCGAAUCUGAAAUCUCUGGGAGAAGAGAUCCAAUACCUCACUAACCUUCGUCAACUGUGGAUUGGUGACAGUGAAAAUCUGGAGUCCAUGCCACCUAACAUGAAGAACUUGACUGCAUUCCAUACUUUGGGGAUCGUUGAUUGUAAGAAGCUUGAGUUAAUGAGGUCGGGAGAAGGCAUCAAAGGUCUUCGAUCAUUAAUUAUCAAAGGUAGUUCAGAUUUGGAGGCUUUGCCCAAUUGGCUUCAAGAGUCUGCAGACACUUUACAGAACAUGGCGAUCGGAGAGUGUGAUAAUCUCACGGCACUUCCAGAGUGGUUACAAAAUCUCACCUUGCUGGAGCAACUGUUGAUUAGGGAAUGCCCCAAAUUGUCUGCUUUGCCGCAAGGGAUGCAUUGCCUCACUGCCUUGAGAGAAUUGGCCAUUCGCGGGUGUCCUGAAUUGAGAAAAAGAUGCAAAAGGGAAACAGGAGAGGAUUGGUCCAAGAUCAAACAUGUCCAAAAGAUUAAACUCGAUGACGAGGUGAUAUAAUCAAGGUGUGGAUUUGAGGAGUUGUAAAAAGAGCAUGCGGCCACCGGAGGUGAUUCAGAAUGAAUUAGCAGUGUUGCUGUGCAAGUACUGUACUGCAUUUGUUUGGGUCCUGAACUCAUAAUGUUGGAGUUUGAAAUAAGACAUUUUUCAUUUAUGGCAUAACUUAAAUGAUGUGUGUGAUUGUUGUUUUAAGACCGUGUGGCUUCACCUUUUUUUUUUUUUCCAAUUUGUAGUUUAUUGGUUUGCUUGUAUUUAGUAAAGUUUCAUCAAUUUCAGAACUAUAUAAUUGAAUCGUUGUGGAAUUGACGUUGAUCACAUUUGAUGAAAUAAGAAGAUCAAGUUGUAGUAAA